CAGGAGCGAAAGCCAGACAGUCAUUUUUUAGAACUACAAAUCCCAACAACCAUCUCCGAAUAGAACUACAGCGAGAAACAUGGCGGCCAUUGGUCGAUUUCUGAGGAACGCCUGGAAUAAGGAGCCUGUGGUGACAGCAGCCUGCGGCCUCGGAAUAUUGGCUCUCAUCGUGCCCGGGGUGAGCCCAUACACCAAAUACUCCAUAAUGAUGAACAGAGCCACACCAUACAACUACCCUGUUCCAGUACGAGAUAAUGGAAACAUGCCCGAUGUACCUGCUCACCCAUCUGACCCACAGGGCCCAAACCUGGAGUGGCUAAAGAAGCUGUGAAAGAAGUUUCCAUGAUUGUACAGAUUUCUCCUUCUCUGUUUCUCACCCCAGGUCUCAAUAAAUGGUUUAUUUAAAAAUA